AAAUAGCCUAUACUCAACUUAAAAUUUUUGCUCAAAAAAAAAAAAACAUCACCAAUAUUCCGUAUAUUCUUAUCACGUGCGACGAUACUGGCAAAUCCAACUCCUAUUUUCAUCCUCGUCAUGUAAUUCAUCUUCGAUUUGGAGGCUCUCUUCAUAGUUAGGAGCAAUGGUGAAAUUGGUGGAAGUUGUGGACCAAGAAAUACGCAUAGAUUUUGCGUUGGGUUCCAAAUGCCGAGCCACCGUGACCCUCCGCUCACUCACGGCGGCGGCCCCCGUAGCCUUCAAGGUCCAAACAUCCUCUCCUCACAAAUUCCUGGUCAACCCACCGAGUGGACUCGUCCCGCCGUUUCGCUCUGCCACCUUCCAGGUCAUCCUCAAGCCCCAGUAUGAGCUUCCCGCAACAUUCCCACGCUCCCCUUCCGAUCGUUUCCUCAUCAGAACCGCGUUGGCUUCUGACCUUAACUCUGUCUCCCCCGAGUCGACUCAUUCCGAGUUCAUACACUCCUGGUUCAACAAAACCCCCCACGCCUCCAUCCACGACGUCAAGCUCAAGGUCGCUUUCGUCGGCCCGUUUCUUCUUCAACAUGCGGUUAUGGUCGGAGACUGUGAAGCCGUCAGAGGCAUUGUGAGGAAACAGCGCUCCGUUCUCUCCGCGUUGCCGACUGGGGAAGCUGAGUCACUCGUCCGAGUCGCGACUCAGCUGGAUAACUCGGACGAGAUGGUGGAUUUGCUGCUUGAGGCGGGGCUGAAAGGCGGCGCCGGCCUCAAUAACGUCCGGUUCACGGCGAAGGGAUGGACGGCGUUACACAUUGCCGCGGCGCACAAUCGGACGGACGAGAUUGAGAAGCUGGUGAGAGGCAACGCUUCUGGGUCGUUGGAUUGUAGAGACAAGGAGGGAAAGACGCCGUUAUUCUUAGCGGCGAGUAAAGGUCACUUGGGUCCUGCUAAGGUGCUGGCGAGUGCAGGAGCGCAGGUGGACACGCGUAGCAUCGACGGGAGAACCGCUUUGUACAGAGCUGUAGUUAACGGAGAUUAUCAGAUGGUACAGAUGCUUAUUGAGAUGGGUGCGGACCCCACCGUGACCGACAAUCUAGGACACUCGCCUAUUGACGUCGCAAGAGAUAAGGGACACGAGGGGAUUGUGAAGAUUGUUGAAAGAGGAGAGCAAGUGGUGCAAGCGGCGAGGCGAGGAGAGCUACGGCUUCUGGAGUCGCUACUGGAAAAGGGGGCAAUCACUACUUUCUGCGAUCAAUACGGACUGACGGCCCUCCACGUGGCGGCCAUAAAAGGAAUGAAAGAUGCGGUGAUGAUUCUGGUUGAUUUCGGGGCGGACAUAGAGUGCCAUGACGCCGGCGGCCACACUCCGCUGCACCUGGCCGUGGAAGGCGGCUGCGCUCAGACGGUUGAGGUGUUGAUCAACAGAGGCGCCGACGUCAACGCUACAAACAUCAAAGGCUUAACUCCCCUUUCCAUAGCGAGGUUGUUCAACUAUGAGGAUAUUUCACAGCUUUUAAAUCAAUGCAAUAAUGCUGCUUAAGCAAGCGUAAUUCAAUUCUCUGGUUUAAUUAUACC